CAAGUCGCGACGAUGUCACCUAACGUACCCCUACUCGUGCAGGUUUUGACGGGAUGCCUUUUUUCGUCGACCGGCUCAUCGGCGUUUUGCACGGGCCAGUUUGAUCUACGUCACACCUUUGAUGCACCGUUCAAGCUCGGCACGGGCAUCGUUGCUGGUGAUAUCUUCGAUACGCCAGUGGCGCCGCGCCUGCAGCCCGAGCAUCAUCUUUACUGCACACACCUACGUGGCAUGAUGACGUCACCAGCUCAGCCCGCCAGCGCCACGCCAGCGGCUAUAAAAGGGACGCCUAUUGCUUCAAGCGGCAGUGGACACGGCAACCAAGUCGCGACGAUGUCACCUAACGUACCCCUACUCGUGCAGGUUGGUGACUGGAAAUAUGGUUUCCGUAGUGACGAUCCUUGCUUAAUAGUGUUGCCGUGUCCACACACCAUUCUAAACUGCAUAAGUGACUGUUUUUCGCUAGCGGGUCUGUUGCUUUCACUGUCGGGAGAUAUCGAGCAAAACCCUGGGCCUAUUACGGGUGCAAUGUUUACGGAACUGCUAGAAACGCAAAAAACUAUCUUGUCUAAAAUUUCGCAAAUGCAAGAGCAACAGGCCUCAUCUGAGUCCGCUAUGAUUCAAGUUCAGAACAGAUUAUUAACAAUUGAGAAAAAAUUAGAGUGCAUAGAUAAAGUGGGUGGUAGGCUGCAAAAGCUUGAGAAUGCAGUCGAUGGGAGCCAUACUGAACUGAGUGCUCUGUGCAGUAGGGUUGACGACCUAGAAAACCGCUCGAGACGAAACAACCUUAUUAUUAGAGGCGUAAAAGAAGAAGGCCCCGAGAAUGAUGUUGACUUGCUGAAAAAAAUAAAUGACGAUAUAUUUGGCUCCAUUCUUAACCAGAAACUGAAUUCUAUAGAAAGAAUACAUAGACUGGGAAAGAAAUUUCCUGGCAAAGACCGCCCUGUAAUCCUUAGAGUGGCAGACUACCGAGACAAAGUAAAGAUAUUGAAAAAUUGUUUCAAGCUAAAAGGCACUCAUAUUAACAUUAGUGAGGACUACUCAAAACGUGUUACUGAGAUACGCAGAAACUUGUGGGUCUCAAGUCUAGAAGAAAGAAAGAAAGGAGCGAAAGUUAGACUGGUUUAUGACAAAGUUCUCAUCAACAAUGUUUUGUACACCUGGAGUGAUGAUGCUAAGGAAAAGGUCAAGUGUAAAGCAUCUGCUAAACCCAACCACCAAUGACCUGAAAGACAAA